UACGGCUUUUGGUGAAGCUUUACAUUUGAAAAUGACGAACCCGAAUAGUAAAAUCCAUGCCGUAUCAAUCCCAGUUCCGUUUGGAACUAUCAGCGGUGUGUGGUACGGCCCCAGCAACAUACGACCAAUUCUUUUCAUUCAUGGAUUCUGUGAUAACAGCGGCACAUUUGAGCGGUUGAUACCCUUGCUUCCGGCUCAAUACAGCUACCUGGCGGUGGACCUACCGGGACACGGAAUGUCCUCUCCAAUACCACAGGGAAUGAUGUACCACUGGACCGAUACAGCGCUGGUAAUUUUGUGGAUAAUGAGGGUGUACAAAUGGCCCAAGGUAUCCCUGGUGGGACAUUCUUUGGGUGCUAUCAUGUGCUACAUAUUCAUUGGUCUGCAUCCUGAGAAGGUGGAUCUAUUUGUCGCCCUCGAUGCUCUGCAACUGUCAUAUCCCAGUAAUGUACUUGAACACCAAACUUACCUAAUAGAGCGAUUCGUGGAAGCGGAUUCAUGGAAUGAACCUCGGGAGCUACAUUCUUAUGAAAAUCUAGUGGACAAAAUUCACAAUGGGGCCAAUGAAAUCCCCCGAGAAUUUUGUCAUCACCUUCUAUCGAGAAAUAUUGUUGAGUCCAAAGUUUAUCCAAACAAAUUUCAUUUUCGGCACGACAGAAGAAUAAGCUAUCCUUUUCAUUUGGGCUGGUCGGAGAGAAAUAAUGUUCAAACAGCCAAUUUGAUUAAAUUUCCAAUAUUGAUUAUUAAAGCAAGUGACUCAAUUCAUUACGGAGAUGAGGAAGAAUUUUCGCGAAUAAUAGAAAUCAUAAGAAGCCAGAACGCAAACUUAACACUAAUACACGUGAAAGGUUGCCAUUACGUGCAUUUAAUUAAUCCUGAAAAAGUAGCUCAUGCUAUUGUAGAUUUUUUAGGUACAACUGAAUACAUAAAAAGUGCUCUCCAGAGUAAAUUGUGACAUAUCUUUACAAACACUAUUGUUUUUAGAAAUUUAAUGACAUUUUUAAAUAUAGAAAUUUAGUUUGGUACACCACACCUACAUAUACAAUUCGUUCGAAUUUAAGUGAGA